AUGUUGUCCCAAGGUGGUGUUGGUGAACCAUCGGAUUCGGACACGAAACCGGUGGUAGGGGUUGACAAUCAAGUGGUUCUUAUCCACGGGGACCUUUCGACGCUUGAGCGCGUUCGCAGCGUUAUUGAAUCACGCGCGCUCGAGAAGACGCGCUGGCAUCGCCUCCAGUUUGUUGUCAUUGUUCCUGGCGUGUUCCAUGCAAUUAUGGCAUGUGCGGAUGGGAUCGGGAGGACGUACAUGAAGGACAAGCACUCGCAUACGGACCCGAGUAGCACGCUAUACCACGGCGGUAUCUUUCGACCUCAAGACACAGGAAAGCUCAAAGGGAACACACCUUUCCGAAUGAUGCAUGACCUCAUCAAGCACGAUGGGAUCGCGCGUCGUCUAGAUGUGUGGCGUGUCGAGGUAUCCCGCGGCGAUCCAGACGUGAAGACACUUGAAGAAUGGGCAGAGCGUCGGCAGCCAGGAUGGGAAGACAUCGUUGCGUUGUCGGAGCGUAUGGUCACGCGGUACGUCGCACAAGCUGGUUUCAAGCCAGGCGCAGAUGCGGCUCGCCGGGAUGCUGUCUUUGAGACAGGUCAGCUUCGCCACCGCGACUACCUCCUGUAUGAAGAGACUACGUACGCGAUGAACCAUGGCGAUGUCGGGCGGCUAGAGACAUGCUUCGUGAAAUGGCUGUACAUUUGGAAAGCAACGGGUAAGAGCAAGUAUGCAACGUACUUCGGAGAUUUCAUGAGAGAUGUCCAUUUUGUCUACCCCGAGGGUCUUCGGCGUGCGAUUCGUCUUAAUUGGUUGUGCAAUCUGCGCGGGCUGCCAGGCAAAUUCCGCGCAAUUGAUUGGGUUGUUGAACUCAACAAUCUAUACACAAAGCAUAUACACGGUGGCGAAUUCUCAAACCGAACACUUCAAUACCUGUUAAAGGAGUCUGGGCUGAUUGACAUAUACCGGAUGUCGCAGGUCAAUAUCGCCGACAACUUUUGCAUGACGAACCGUACAAUAAAUCACACGAAGCCCGACAUGACCGAGACCUUCAAGAAGGUACGCUACCACAUGCAGACAAACCACACACACGAAUAUGUUGAAGGGAGGAAGGGGUACAGUGUCAAGGACAAGCUACGCGAAGGAUUCGGAAUACUACAGACGGCGAAGCGACAAGGGAUUACAGGUGUCGAGGCCGAGAUAGGCGGAGACAGUGCAGAAGGUGAUGGAGAGACAAGCCAGACGAUCGAUGCGGAGGACCUUGCGAUCGAGUAG